AUGGAUGACGAUUCACGUAUCGUGACUGGACUGCCCUUCACAUUCGCUGGGCCUGGGAAAUUAACAACGGCCUCUGAAUUGGCAACCAUUCAAUAUUUCCUUGAUUGGAGCGACGACGCAUCAAAUAGGGUUGGAAGCGAAUACAUCAUCAUGGAGCAUGUGACUGGUGUCCAGCUACUGCGAAAAUGGCCUCACAUGUCGGGGGGUCAGAAAGUGCUAUGUAUUGCUGCCCUUUAUGAAAAGCUGAAACAGAUAGUUGGCCUGGAAUUCCCCACAUAUGGAAGCAUAUAUCCUUUCACUUCAUCUCUGGACUUUCUCUCCAAAAUACAGCUAGAGACCGGUUUUUGCAUCGGGCCUCACUGUGGAACGAGGUAUUGGGAUUGUGGAGACGACCGGUCUUAUCAUCAUACAGUUCCCAACCAAGGUCCUUGUGGGUCCAUUUUGAUCACAAUACUUGAGAGAAGGAGUACUAACACAUGA